UUUCUUGAUAUUCAAGAUUUGACAGUCCUUUUCAUCAUUCAUUUUGACAAUAUUUGUAGAGCAUUUCUUCUUAAGCAAAUGAAGAUGACAGCAUCAAGAACAGUUCUAAAGAAAAACCCUUGAUAUUGACGAAAUCAAAUGCAUCACACUAUUUUGUUCCUUGUCUCUAGAUAAGACAUGGUGGUGAAAAAGAAAACCCACCAAAAGUUGUGAACUGUUCAAAGUUGAAUAACUCUCAAAAUUGAUCUUUUCUCGAUAUCCAGGUGAGUUCUUUGUUCACAUUAUGAACUCUCCUCUAUAUAAAGUCAAAUUCCCAUGUUGAUAUUGUUGCUUACAAAGGCCAAACAGUCUACUAGGAUAAGUUUGUAAGACUAUAACAAUAUUUAUAAUCCUGGGAGUGUCUAGCAGCAGGAAUCAUUAAUCUUCCUCUGAAGAAAAUGGCUUCUUUCUCUGUGGAGGAUUUUGUGGGGAAUGGGGUGCUCAAGGAUCUGCUUCCGACUUUGCUGGAAGAAGGCUGGGAUGAUGUACCAACCUUGAAGGUUAUGAAUUCUGAGGAUAUGGAUGCAAUAAAGAUGACACAACAACAAAAGGAAGCAGUGGAGAUCAGAACUUACCUGCAUGACAGAUCUCUGAUGCAGUAUGGGGACAGGCUAGAGUCCUCAGGGAAGUGUUUGCCAGAACUUCUAAGCUUGAGCGUUGAAGAUUUAACAGCUCAAUUCCAUAUGAAAAGAGGCCACAUAGCACGUUUCAAGGACAGAAACAGUUCAUGUGCGGAUCCCUUGACCAAAAAGUCUGAUGCACCUUCUCCAUCUACCAGCAUCAAAAGGACUUAUCAGUCUAACAGCUCAAAGCGGAUGCAGAGUAUGAGAAGCCGAACAUUUCAGGACAAAAAAAUUGAGGAAGCUCUGAGCGAUUUCAAGAUUGAAGAAGGAUAUGUAUUCAAGGGGAUUGUUGCAGCAGAACCAGCCGGCCAUAGGGCCUGCGCUUGUGUGCAACCUCCUCCUAUUGUUGACAAAGUUGCUCCUUAUUCUGCCAUUGAAAGCAUCUCCAUUCAGAAAUUAACUCCCGAGUAUAAGAUUGGAAUGGAGCGUUUGGUGAAAACUAAGACUCCCCCAAUGAAAGCUUCAGCACUAUGGCAGAAUAAGCCUGCAAUAAUCCUCUGUAUUAGACGUCCUGGGUGUAUCAUGUGCAGAGCAGAAGCUCACCAGCUAUAUACCAGAAAACCGGUAUUUGAUGCACUGGGAUUUCAACUAUUUGCUGUAAUUCACGAACACAUAGAAUCAGAGGUGAAGGACUUCUGGCCCAGGUACUGGGGAGGCACUGUAAUCUUUGACCAUGGUAGAGGGUUCUUCAAAGCCCUAGGUGGUGGAAAAUUAAUGAAGGACAAAUUCCUAUCUGGAUUUCUUUUCAACCCUCGAGCCAUAGCAAAUUAUAAGCGUGCAAAAGCUAUGGGAGUGAAGCAAAACUUCAACGGAGAAGGAGAAAUUAAGGGUGGUCUGUUCAUUCUUGGCACAGCGAAGAGUGGUAUUGCUUACCAGUUUAUUGAGCGGAACUUUGGGGACUGGGCACCUCUUUCUGAAGUAAUUAACAUCUGUACAAAAUUACAGAGCCAAUCACAAGUUCCUGGGUCAUCCAUGGAAACAUCCCAAUAAGAUAACCGAAGUUUAUCCCUAGUGUACUACGAAUUCUCAUCUGGAGUUUCUAUAUGGUUCGCAGUUGAUACUUUCAACAACAUAUAAGAAAUGUUGCCAUCUUUCAUCGUUCCUUUUUCUCAGAUGUGCUUUAAUUAAUUUAUCUGGCCUGGCUGUGUUGUACAGAAGAGCUUUAAUGAUUGCUGUGCUUGUUCUUAUCAUUUGACAACUUCACAUGUACCAACUGGGUCUAGUUUGAAACAA